AUGAGGGUAUUUUCGAUCCCUCUUCUCCUUAUUCUUCUGGCCACACUCGGCCACAGCACCACAAUAACGGACCUGCCGGAAUUGGUUGUGGUCACUGUGGCCACGGAAGAAACCGACGGGCUCAAGCGGUUGAUCGAAUCCGCGAAGGCAUUCGAUAUAACGAUCGAAGUGCUCGGAUUGGGAGAGCAAUGGAACGGCGGAGAUACGCGCGUGGAGCAGGGCGGAGGGCAGAAGAUUCGUAUAUUGUCCACGUGGAUUGAGAAGUACAAGGACGCCGCGGACACGAUGAUUAUGUUCGUCGACGCGUACGACGUCGUCUUCAACGCCGACGCCACCACAAUCCUCCGAAAGUUCUUUGAGAACUUCUCCGAGAAACGACUUCUGUUCGGCGCCGAACCGUUCUGCUGGCCCGAUCAGACUCUCGCUCCAGAGUACCCGAUUGUGGAAUUCGGCAAACGGUUCUUGAACUCUGGCCUUUUUAUGGGAUACGGACCGGAAGUGUACAAGAUUCUGAAGCUGAAGCCUGUUGCGGAUAAAGAUGACGAUCAGCUCUACUACACAAUGAUCUAUUUGGACGAGAAACUGAGAAAGGAGCUGAAGAUCGAGCUGGACUCAAUGUCGAGAAUAUUCCAGAACCUGAACGGAGUGGUCGAAGACGUCGAGUUGCAGUUCGCGGAGGACGGAACGCCCGGAGCCUACAACGCCGCCUACAACACGAAACCACUGAUAGUCCACGGAAACGGACCGAGCAAAUGGCACCUGAACUACCUGGGAAACUAUUUGGGAAACCGAUGGAACUCGCAGUUGGGGUGCCGAACGUGCGGGCGCGAAAAAGAAAGUCUCGAGACGAAACCGCUCGUCGGACUCAGCCUCUUCAUCGCCAAACCGAUCCCGUUCAUCGAAGAGGUUCUGGCGAGAAUCGCUGAUUUCGACUAUCCCAAAGAUCGCAUCGCUCUCCACAUCUACAAUAAUCAACCGUUCUCCAUCAAAACCAUCCAGACAUUCCUGGAAACGCAUGGAAAGUCCUACUACACCAAGAAGAUUAUCAAUGGAGUUACGGAGAUUGGAGAACGGGAGGCCAGAGAUGCGGCAGUGUAAGUUGUUCUCAGUAGAGCGCACUUCCAAUGGUUUUAUAGUGAAUGGAACAAGCAGCGAGAGGUGGAGUAUGCGUUUUUCAUGGACGGAGACGCCUAUCUGACCGAGCCACAAAUCCUCAACGACUUGCUACAGUACUCGAAGACCUAUGAUGUGUAAGUCUGGAACAUUAGAGCAUUUGUGAGCGUUCAUUUUAAGAGGAAUAAUCGCUCCGAUGAUCGGACAGCCCGGAAAACUGUUCACCAACUUCUGGGGAGCCGUUGCGGCGAAUGGUUACUACGCGAGAAGCGAGGACUACAUGGCGAUAGUGAAAGGAAAUCGUGUUGGCUUCUGGAAUGUUCCGUUCAUUACCUCGGCGCUUUUGGUCGAUAAACAGAAGCUGUCGGCGAUGAAGGACGUCUUCAGCUACAACAAGAACCUGGACCCGGACAUGUCGAUGUGUCAGUGGGCGAGAGACAACGGACACUUUAUGUACAUUGACAACGAGAAGGUCGCCGGGUACCUGAUCGUCAGUGACGAGUUCUCGGAGACUGUCACCCAGGGAAAAUGGCAUCCGGAGAUGUGGCAGAUGUUUGAGAAUCGACAGCUCUGGGAGGACAGGUACCUGCACCCAGGCUACAAGAAGAUCAUGGAAGACGGCCAGGUCGUCGAGCAAACGUGCCCGGAUGUCUAUGACUAUCCGUUGCUCUCGGAGCGAUUCUGCGAGGAGCUCAUCGAAGAAAUGGAGGGAUACGGUAAAUGGAGCAACGGCGACAAUCAGGACAAUCGAUUGGCCGGCGGGUACGAGAACGUGCCGACCCGGGACAUUCACAUGAACCAGGUCGGGUUCGAGCGACAGUGGCUCUACUUUUUGGACACGUAUGUGAGACCGGUGCAGGAGAAGACGUUCAUCGGGUACUAUCAUCAGGUACUGACAAACACCAGUGAAAAUAUUCAAAGUACUUUGAAUUUUCAGCCAGUGGAGUCCAAUAUGAUGUUUGUGGUUCGGUACAAGCCGGAAGAGCAGCCGUCGCUUCGCCCACACCACGACGCGAGCACUUUCAGUAUCGAUAUUGCUCUGAACAAGAAGGGAAGAGAUUACGAGGGCGGAGGAGUCCGUUACAUUCGCUACAAUUGCACAGUAAACGCGGACGAAGUCGGUAAGUAAGCUUGGCCGUGGCCGUGUUCUCAGCGAAUGCUAGUCCUCAAAGCCUCGGACUCCUCUCGGACAAAUUCUUAUUAUUAUUUUUUCAUUUUCCAGGCUAUGCAAUGAUGUUCCCGGGAAGAUUGACCCAUAUGCAUGAAGGUCUGGCCACCACAAAAGGCACCAGAUACAUUUUGGUCUCUUUCAUAAACCCCUAAAUCUUGUUAUCCACAUUUUCUGUUGAUUUUUGCUUUAUUUUCCUAUUGCUUUAUCUUGUAUUCUUGUGCCUUUCUCACGGGAUUCUCUGUUGUUAUGCCUUGCUAAUUUAUUGGAUUAAAUAAAUGAGUAAUAAAAUAACGUAUUUUGAUGCUCUUAAAUGUUUAAAUCUCUGAAACGACUAUCGAAAAUCGAGAAAAUUUGAUAUCGCAAUAAAAAUGACAAAUACACGGUUUAGAAUGCUAAGCAAAAGCUGCAGACUAUUCCGACGAUGUUUUCAGACGGAUGUAGACGUCAUAGUUAUUGGUAACACUCAUUAUCAGCGAUUUUCUACUGAAAACAUGAAUUUUUCAGGCGGAGGACACGCGGGAUGCGAAAGCGCGGCGGCAGCGGCUCGUUGCGGCUCCAAAAACCAUUCUGGUCACCCAAAAUCGGAACACGAUCGGAGAAAUGAGCUGUAAUCCGAGUUUCGGAGGCAUCGGGAAAGGUAGAUCUGCAAAUUUCCGACGAAAAUUGAUAAUUUCUCAGUUCAGGCCAUCUAAUUCGAGAAGUGGAUGCUCUGGACGGACUCUGCGGACGGAUUUGCGACAAAUCAGCCAUCACUUAUCAAGGUUUCUUUAAAAUAAACAUUACAACGUUUUUUCAAAAUUUCUAGCUCUAAACCGAGCACAAGGACCGGCCGUUCUCGGGCUGCGCGCGCAAAUCGAUCGGAAAUUGUACAAAAAGCAUAUGCAAACGGAGAUUAACUCAACAAAAGGGCUGGAAGUUUUGGAGGGAGAAGUAGCCGAGUUGCUCGUGAAGAACGAUAAAGUUGUAGGCGUCAGAAUGGCAAAUGAGAUAAUUAUUAGGUUCGAAAACCUUUGAAAUACUGCUGAAAACUUUAAAGUUUCAGCACAAAGUGCGUGGUGAUCACCACUGGAACCUUUCUGCGCGCACAAAUCUACCAAGGCACGUCGACGUGGCCGGCGGGGCGAAUCCACGAAAGGAGCUCCGAUCAGUUGUCCGAAUCGUUUCUGAAACUCGGAUUCCAGCUCGGCAGACUUCGAACAGGCACCCCACCGCGGCUAAUGAGGGAUUCCAUCGACUUUUCCAAAUUCGAGCUCGUUUCCCCUGACCGCAAACCGAUUCCCUUCUCGUUUCUCACCAAAGCCAUCUGGAUCAGCUACGAGGAUCAACUUCCGACGUACCUUGGGCACACGAACGACGAGGUGUGUCGGAUCGGCCACGAGAACAUCCACGAGAACUUGCAAGUCGCCUCCGAGACCUCCUCGCCCAGAUAUUGUCCUUCGCUUGAGUCGAAGCUGCUCCGAUUUCCGAAACUCCAUCAUCGGCUGUUUCUGGAGCACGAGGGGCUCGAUUCGCCGCACAUUUACCCGCAGGGCAUGUCGAUGACGUUCAAGCCGGAAGUGCAGAAGCUCCUGCUGCGCGCCAUUCCGGGCCUCGAACACGUGGAGAUUUUCCAGCCCGGCUACGGAGUUCAGUACGAUUUUGUCGAUCCGAAGCAGUUGCGAAAGUCGCUGGAGACACGGAAAGUGGAGGGGAUGUUUCUGGCGGGACAAAUCAACGGAACGACGGGGUACGAGGAGGCCGCCGCGCAGGGAGUCGUCGCCGGGAUUAACGCAGCGCGGCGGGCGCAGAGGGAGACGGCGAUGGAGAUUCGGAGGACCGAGGCGUACAUCGGAGUGCUUAUCGACGAUCUGACGAGCCUCGGAACGAACGAACCCUACCGAAUGCUGACUUCCCGUGCCGAGUUCCGUCUCCACCUCCGUCCGGACAAUGCGGACGUGCGGCUCACGGAAAUCGGAAGACUUCACGGAGCAAUCGGCGAGCAGAGAUGGGCGGAAUACAGAGAGACGAAGCGAAAGCUGGACGAGCUGACCGAGAAAUCGGAAGGAAUCGUGAUGAGUGUGGCGAAAUGGAAGAGAAUUGUUCCGAAGUUGACGACGAGUCGCAACGAGGGAAAAGUGCUGUCGGCGUUCGAAAUGGUGCAUCGGUACGAUCUGCAGAAGGAAGAUCUGGAAGAGAUUCUGGAAGUUCACGUCGAUGAGGAUGUGUUCGAACGGCUCAAGACAGAAGGAAGGUAUCGGAUGGAGCACGAGAGAAUGAAGAACAAGGUGAGUUCGACGACCAAAAACGAACGAUUCUCAAUUUGUCGAUUCAGAGGCAAGAAAUCGAAAGAGAAUCGGCCACCGAGAUUCCCGAUCACAUUGACUUUUCGAAAAUGCGCGGAAUGAGUUUGGAAUGCGUCGAAAAGUUGGAGAGAGCACGGCCGAGGAACCUGGCGGCCGCCACCCGCAUCGCCGGAAUCACUCCCGAAGCCAUCGUCGUUUUGAUGAGACAUCUAAAAAGCCCGGCAGUUAGAGAGCACAAUAGUUAG